GUGUGAUAUGUGUCUUGUCGGUAGAGAAUAAUCCAAUAAUCGCGCGAGACAGUUACGAAAGCGAGCAGUGCAGACAUAACUAUGGCGAAAUACGAGAUCUUGGCCAUUGGGCUUUUGCUCUUCAUUGGUGGUACGAGCUGCCAGGAGAACGCGAAGAAGAUCAUCUCGCCGUCACUGAUCGAGUGCUACGACAACGAGCUCUACGGCAAGUACAACCUGCUGCCGCACACCAUGGAAACCUUCAUCGCCAUUGUGCGUAAGAUCGAGCAGUCGGCGAACUUCAACAUGAACCUGCGCCAGCUAUCCACGGCGCUUUUGCACAGGUUUUCCCAAGACGGCAUAGAGCUGAACCCGGACGUGAAACCACAAGCCGGCGUAAUGCCGUAUGCGGCCCUUGGCAAUCAGUUCUACCGUCACGCGCAAACGCUACGCACUGUACCCGGCAACGCAGUCACCUUUCCCAACAACAGCAUUUCCGUCGUUGAACGGUGCACUUUGCAUUCGAUGCUGUCGAGCAGCAUCGACGUUUACAAACACAGUGGAGAGAACCGAGGCUGCAAGACCAGCAACUAUGGUAUGAAUUACAAUUAUGGGUUCCGCAGAUGGCGACGUCAUGUCAAGAGACCUAAGGACGACGUCGAAACGUUAUCACCCGAGCAAGUAGAGAUGCUGAUGUCGAAGGACCAAGCAGACCCUAACUCCGAGUACCCAGCUUUCCCACCAAACCAUCCGAGCGCCAGCGCACGUAUAACCGAAGAUCAGUACAGCGAGUGUCCAAUCGAGAAUGGAGUUCUAAAGACGCCAUGGGGCCCAGUUUCCGGUGGCUCGGUGCUGGCAGGCAUCGCGUCUGGCUUGACGCAUCAAGUCAUAAGGGUAAGCGAACUGAUAAAGCAGCUGGUCGAGCCGCGAAUGUUCAGCGGGCUGUCUACCGAUUCCAAUCUGGACAACAGAUUUCUGUCCACUCUUGCUGGUGAUUUGGCGGAGGUAGCUCUGGCUCAAGGACCGCAAUUCCGCGGUCAGUUUACCGUCGGCGCCGACGGCAACUGGAACUCUACGUCGCAGCCACUCUACUACUUCCUCGGCACCAAGAAUGAUCUACAGAUGACCGGUGCCGAGAUUCGCGGCGACAUUGAUGGUCUGAUCCUCGCUACCGAAGUACCCAGAGCACUCGGCAAGUUCGGCGGACUGUACUUAUCCCAAGUGCUGGACAUGUACUACAGCGAUCGUGGACUGCUUGACAAUCAGAUUCGCGCUUGCAACAGGCGAGCUCAGCUGCCAAACGUGGCACCCACGGAAAUGCUCGUCGCGCAGACUUGCAGCUCCGCGAUCGUGCUGAGCUCCAUAGGCUAUGCCACUGUAACCAUCUUUCCGGAAAAGAUUGAGAAUUUCAGCGCGCAGGCCGUCAAAGAUUUUUCGGACUUCGUUCCUACGAUGAGCAAAGACAACGUCUGCGAGUUUUUCGAGAGCAACGUUAAGACCAGCCAACCAGCAGUGGACCUCACUAUUGUCCUCGACACCAACUGGCCUUUUGAGAACAUCCAGUCGGUUCUCGCGCAAUUGCUGAGUAGUGUGGAAGUUUGCAAAUACAACAGCAACUUCACCAUUAUGAACGGCCAGAACGGCAAUUUCAUUGUCAACUCGAGCAACAGUCUUCUGGACUUUGUCAACUUCAACCGCACCAACUAUAACCAACUCGCCAAGGGAUUCGAUUUGGCGCUGUCUAUAACUAAAAUCCAGGAACUCGAACAGUAUAAACUCGACAAAGAGAAGCUCCGCGGUUUCUCAGAUGGCAAAUCAGAUGUUGUGGUCAUCAUGCCCUACCAUAUAAAUCUAUCACCUACGGAUCGCGAGUUUGUUUACAAAACUCUUGAGGAUAUGCGCAAGGAGAUUCCCGAUACCAAAGUGUUAUUCUUAACUUACGAGCGAAAAGACGGAUUGACCGAUCUCGUUGAGGACUCUAGCGACAUUAUUUCCAUCAACUUUAGUGAAAACAUGGAGAACAAUCCCGCAAUCGACGAGAUACUCACGAAAAUCAAACAAGUUCCAAGACGUCUGGUUAACACACAGUGUGGUUCGAGAUACGAUCAAACCGGUAAUUCCCGUUCGUUAACGAACUUCGUUGGACCUAAUGGAGUCAACUUCUACAGGAUACAUCCUAAUUACUUCAUGACCAGUUCUGACGACAAACCUAAAGUGAAGGUUCAAGGCGUAAGCGGCUCACCGUUGAAGGUUUGCUGGUCUCGCGAGCUGCUCCACGUGAACGCGUCGGCAGCUCAAGCUGGGGCCACUUGCAACACCAUCACCGGCAAGACUCAGUCCAUCGAGAUGAAUUGUGACGGCGUAAGCUACAUCCAUCAGUGCAAGCCUUACUAUAUCUCGGUCGGGUCGGAUUCCAACGGCACUGGCCAAAUUCAGUGCUUAGAUCGAAAUGAAUGUCGGUACCCGAACGAUAUCAGAUACGUCAUAUCGUACGAGAACUUGGUAUGCAAGAGCAGUGCUAGCGCGUUAUUCGUCGCUCCUCUAUUUGUAAUGGUACCCCUCGUUCGAAUUCUCAUCUGAACAAAUGGAGUGGUCGUUUGGUACCCAUUGAUGCUAGUAUGAAGUUACCUCCCAUGAUUCGUCUGCUUAAAUGGAUGCAGUUUAUUUUAUUAACGAUUGAUUUUUUUACAUAUUAGAACAAUACUUAAUCUUAAAUCCGUAGCAUAUAUGUACAAAUUUUAGGUUUUUAUUAUAUUAUUAGUAUUUCAUCGUAUGGAUUUUAAUUUUUAUAUAUAUAAUAAUUCGACCAAUUAAUUUUUUAUUUUGUUUGCUAUUAUAUUUCUUAAUAUUUAGUAUGAGAUUACAACGGAUUUUUUUUUGAUGAUGCAGAAAUAAGAAGAUUAAAAAGUUACAUUUAAAAAUAUUUUUUUAUG